AUGCCGUUCUUAAACCCCUUCAAAAAAUACGAUGUCGAACACUUCAAAGACCUGGUACUCGUUCCCUUGGACCAAGCGCCCGCGCGCCACCCCAGCGUCGUAGCCGAGAACCAACGCCGCCAGUCCAUUCGACGUGCGUCCCUACCCGAGUCUGAGCAGACCAAAGUCGGCGCGGCCGAGGCCAACACGCUCGAAAAAGGUAGAUCUACGUCCUCUGACAACACCAUCGGUGGGCAAUUUACCGUUCAGCAACUUCGUGAAGAGGUCGAGGCCGACAUUGCCGCGUCCGGUCAUGAUUCCGCUUACGAUCGCAAGUCAAAGGUCAUCAACAAAGCCAUUCAGGAUAUUGGGAUGGGCCGAUACCAGUGGGAAUUAUUCUCUCUUGCGGGGUUCGGUUGGUUGGCCGACAACCUUUGGUUGCAAGGUGUAGCGUUAACACUGCCAUCCUUCACGGCGGAGUAUGGUGUCUCUGAGACUAACGUGCGUUUCACCACGCUUUCUUUGUUUCUCGGCCUUUGUCUUGGUGCAAGCUUCUGGGGAACCAUUUCGGAUGUGAUCGGCCGGAGACCUGCGUUUAAUCUGACUCUCUUUAUCACGGCGGUUUUUGGAACAGCUGUUGGUGGCACAAGCACUUGGGUUCAGGCUUGUGCACUGUAUGCUGCCUUAGGAUGCGGCGUUGGGGGUAACCUUCCAGUCGAUGGGGCACUUUUCCUCGAAUUCCUCCCUUUCGCCAACGGCAACCUCCUUACUCUACUCUCCGUCUGGUGGCCUUUUGGUCAGCUUCUAGGGUCACUCAUCGCUUGGGGAUUCCUCACGAACUACAGCUGCACCGAUGGCUCCGGCUCGCCACUUCCCUCUUGCAGCUCUGUUGACGCUGGUGCCGCUUGCUGCACCAAAGACAGCAACAUGGGAUGGCGAUACCUGAACUACACCAUGGGAGCCUUCACUUUCUUUAUGUUCAUCUGCCGAUUCUUCCUGUUCCACCUCUUCGAGAGCCCCAAGUUCCUGUUGAGCAAGGGCCGCCAAAGGGAAGCCGUCGCUGCUGUGUACGGCAUUGCGUACCACAAUGGCUGCAAAACCUGGCUCUCUGAGGAUAUCCUGGACGAGAUAGGGGGCAAGUCCCAGGGGGGCGAGAAGCAAGGCUUGACUGCGAAGGAGGUCAUCAUGCGCCAGGCCGAGAAGUUUUCUACCCAGCGUAUCAAGCCACUCUUUGGCUACAAACGUCUUGGAAUUAACACAGGACUCUUGUGGUUUAUUUGGACGGCCAUUGGCAUGGGAUACCCGCUGUUCAACGCUUUUCUGCCUCAAUACCUCUCCGAGUCAGGUGGCGAGAGCAAGUCUGUCAGUACGACUUAUCGCGAUUAUGCCAUCACCUCCAUUGUCGGUUGCCCUGGAAGCAUUAUCGCUUGCUUGACGGUCGACAUCAAGUACGUCGGACGCAAAGGCACCAUGGCAAUUGCGACGCUCUUGACCGGCAUCUUCCUCUUCUUGUUCACCGAAUCCGCCAACGGGAGCUUCCAACUCGCAUUCUCCUGCCUGGUUGCGCUGUUCCAGAACGUCAUGUACGGCGUGCUUUACGCCUAUACCCCCGAGACGUUCCCUGCGCCAAACCGCGGAACUGGUACGGGCAUUGCCAGCUGCUUCAACCGAAUCGCUGGCUUGUGCGCCCCUCUGAUCGGUAUUUAUGGCGCGCUUGAGAAUCCGAAAGUACCCAUCUAUGUUUCGGGAGGGUUAAUGCUGUCGGCUUUCAUCGCGAUGGUGUUGUUGCCGAUUGAGACGAGGGGGAAGCAGACGCUGUGA